AUGAGCCUUGACACUUUCAAAAGUCAAUUGAUGUCAAAUUCAAAAUAUGAAUGCCGAGUUAAAGUCAACCAAAGAUGUUUGAUCGAUAAAAUGUUGUCAAGAUAUUCGACCAAAUUUGCUGUAUUUCGAGAAUUGUUGCAAAAUUCAGACGAUGCAACAUCUUCAUCUGUCGAAAUAGUAUUUGAGGGUACCAAAAGAGAAAAUUAUUCGAGAUUGCUUUUUAAAAAUAAUGGGAUGAACUUUCGGAAACAAGAUUGGGACCGAUUAAAGAAAAUUGCCGAAGGAAACCCAGACGAACAAAAGAUCGGUGCUUUCGGUGUUGGAUUUUAUUCAGUAUUUUCUGUCUGUGAAGAGCCAUUUGUUUCUUCUGGUAAUCUUGGCAUGGCAUUUUAUUGGCAAGGUGAUCAGUUGUAUGUGAGACACGGCCCCAUCGAUAACAGUGAUUCUACAUGGACUACAUUCUUGAUGGAAAUGAGAAAUCCUUUAAAGCUCCCUAACUUGGACGAAUUAUGCCGUUUUUUGACAACUUCAUUGGGAUUCACAACCAAUCUUCGUCAAAUUUCGGUAUAUUUUAACGAAAAUGAAUUAUUCAGUAUAAAGAAAAUUAUUGGUCGCCCUCGAUCAAUUAAAAUCAAACCUGAUAUAAAGAGAGAAUCUCCAGAAAAAUUGUUUAAGCUUGAAUCAGUCAAUAUUCAAACGGUUAAAUUCGAAGUUACCAACACUCCUAGGACAACAGUGUCUAGUAAUCAUGAAAAAAAAAAUGUGACCGUGUGUUUUCAAAUUGCUAGUGGGAAUUUGAAAGUUCAGAUUCAACAUAAAUUUUCCUCUGAAAUGGAAAGGUUAACAAAGAAAAAGCCUCCAAGUAAAACUACCAUACAAGCUAUUCUUCCUAUGUACUCUAAAUCUUCUGACGUGACAUCCGAUAUUUUCAAAGAUUUAUUGCCAUAUCCCGAACAAGGAAAUAUUUUCAUUGGCUUUAGAACGCAUCAAACAACUAGUUAUUCUAUAAAUUUAGCGGCUCGUGUCAUACCAACUGUUGAGCGUGAAUCGAUUGAUUUUGCCGAAAAAACACUCUCAGUUUAUAAUACAGAAAUGUUGUGUUCUAUUGGAACAUUGUGCCGUGUGUUAUACGAAGAUGAGAUGAAUCAACUGUGCCAAUAUAAACCAGGUGGCAAUCAACUAAUGCUUGAGGAACGUUCAGUGCGCAUUCUCAAUCAUUUUACCUUUGAGCAAAGUACUCCAGAUGCUAAAGUAGGAAACAUAAUUGAAUCACAAUUUUAUAGAUGUUGUUCAUCACAAUUGUCAGUAUUAUCUACUCAUGGCGUCAAAGCCAUUAAUUUGAUACGGUUACCCAACCCAGAGAUGACUGAAUUUAUCAAAACUACUCCAGUUGUUCCGAAAAUCAUGAUGGAUCAUUGUGAAUCAUUUUUUUAUAGGGCAAAUAGUAUUUUGAGGCUCAUUGAACAAAUUUCAAUAUAUGACGUAUUUGAAGAAUUGAAAAAACGAACUCUGGAUGUAAAUGAAAUGGUAGCCUUAAUGAAAUGGUGGAUAACGAAAGAUUUCACAAUAACAGUUCAUAACGACCUCAUGCAAUUGGCUACUGUUAAUAUUGAAAAUAAGGUUUUACAUUUAAAAAGUAUUCGUCAUUUCCGGAAUCCUGGUAUUAUUAGUCCAGGGUUAGAUGUUCCAUCCAAUGUACUGCCAUAUGCUAUUAGUCAACAUUUUAAUAAUAAGCUAGAUAUAUUUAAACAAUAUUUUAGUACACUUUCACUUGGCUUCAAAAAUACAAAAAAGGAAGAUCAGUUCGCCAUAUGUCAAUUACUAUCUAAAAUUGAAUGUAUUCCGACUCAAUUUGGUGUGAAAAAACCUGCCAAAACAUAUUUUCCUAAUGUAACAUUAUUUUCAGAUUUGCCCAAUAUUAGCAUAAAAGGGAAUGAAAAAUUUUUCACCGAGAUCGGAAUAAAUAAGUAUGUUGAACUCGAAGUUGUUUUCGCUCGAUUAGUUAACAGUGAAAAUUUGGAUCACAUGAAACUUUUGAAAUAUUUUACUAAGUUUGCUGAAGAUCUUAAAGAUAUUGAUAUUGAAAAAUUAAAAAGGGCCAAAAUUUGGAUAAAGGAGUAUACUGAUAGUAAUAAAUCUGAGAAUAAUGAUGAGGUUCGGAGAGAUUUGGCAAAAAAUUUGUAUAUCCCGUGCUUUCAUAAUAAAGAGCUUGAAUUGCCAAUAAUAAAUUGGAAAGGGCAUUGGAACAAAUAUUCAAAUGAAGCUAAAUUUAUCAUUAGUCUUGGGUUGCAAGAAUAUCCAUCUAUUCAAACUAUCCUUCAACUUGCAGAACAAUCUAAACCUCUUGAACUUCGUGAGAAAGCACUUCAAUAUUUUAUCAAAAAUUUCAAGGAAAAUUAUUCCAAAAUAUAUAAUUCAAAUUUGGUUCAGAUAAAAUUUUUACCAUGUAUUAAUAAUAUUUAUACGAAACCAUCAGAGUGUUAUUCGAAUCCUCAUUGUACAAAGAUGGGAUUUAAUACUUUACGCCAAGAUUUAUGCUUUUUUGCUAAAGAAAUUGGUGUUAAAAAUUAUCCUGAUCACAAAUUGAUGCGGGAUAAAUUGAUACAAAAUCUUCCAAAUAUGGACAAUGCAAAAGAAAUUUUCGAAUUCAUGUACUUUGCAAUGCGUGAAAGUGGUUCAAAUUGGAAAGUACUUCAGAAUAUCAAAUUCAUACCUAUCCAAGAAAAGGUUUCACCAUAUAAAAUUAUUUAUCACAAGCCGGAAGAAUGUUUUUUCAAAGUAUUUAAUGAAGAUUAUGUAGAUAUAUUUAAAUGUGUUGAUUUUGGAGAAAUUGCAAACAAGUUUUUAAAAGAUUGUGGUGUAAAACAAGAGCCAUCUACAUUAGAAAUAGCAGAAUACCUUAUUAAAUCUUCUAGGGAAUUCUGGUCAAAGCUUAGUAAUAAGGAUUCAUAUACUAACUUCUUAGGAACUAUUGCACACAACUAUGAAUAUUUAAAUAAAACAAAACCUGGAAUACUUGAUACAAUGAAACAAUGUCCAAUCUUGUUAGGCAUAAAGAAAGAAUUAAAUAUUUCUGGAACAACGACAGAUGUUUAUGAAUUGGCCUGUGCUGAAGAUAUUUUUAUAAAUGAUAAUGAUAAAUAUCGAAGUUUAUUUAAUCCAUUAAUUUGUCCAUUUACAGAUCGUAUAGAAAAAUUUUAUCAAAUAUUGGGAAGUCAAUCUCUUGAUGCUAACGUCAGUACAAAACCUCAACAUAUUGCUAAAGAAAUAACUUCAGGUAUUUCUCAUAAAGUAAAUGAGAAAAUUUUGGAACGAGUACCUUGGUAUUAUUCUGGUAUUAAAGGUGGAGAUUUAAAGACCGAUAUAUCAUGGAUAGAAAAAUUACAAGUCAAGCAUACUGAUCAAAUUAAAAUGAAUUAUGUGCUUAUUCCUAAGCAUGAAACAAAGACAAAUAAAAUUUCUGCUUGUAUUUCGGAGAGUGGAAACAGUUUGAUUCUCUAUAUUACUAAUGAAAAUUACACGGAUAUUGCAAAUGCAUUAGUCCAACGUAUUCAUCGUCGUCCUGAAAGACAACAUUGUACAAAUUUGUACCUUUAUUUAACCUCUUCAAUAGAACAACUUCAGCAACUUGGUUAUCCUACUGAAAAUAUAAAUGUGAAUAUUAAAAAUGUAAAAAUUGAUGAAAUACCAAAUUCACCAAAACCAAUAAAACAAUUAUCUAGUGCUGAAUUCGAAAAGAUGUUACUUGAGGGGAUUACAUCUUGCAAAUCAAAUUAUAAUCGAUCCAUCCCAGCAAACAAUAAUCCUGUGGAAACUUUUGUUACUGAAGAAGAAUAUUAUGAUUCACCUUUAAGUUAUGUUACAACUAUAGAGUCUAUUGAACUUCAUAUUAAAGAUACAUUGGAUCCGUCUAUUCUUUUAUUUCCCACUGUUACUAUGGAAGGAAAUAUAAAAAAAUUCAUUAAUGUUCUUGUUGAUGUUGCUAAAAUUUUUGAACUUCCAAAAAACAAAAUUAACAUAUUUUAUGAUGAUGAUUCAACAAUGGUCGCUUUUAAUCGUAACAAAACCUUGUUUUUCAACUUAAAAUCUGACAUAGAAUAUGGACGUCCUUUUAAUAAAAAUAUUGUAUAUUGGUUCUUUACAUUUUGCCAUGAAUUGGCUCAUAAUUUCAUUUCACCGCAUAAUGCCGAUUUUGUG